AUGCCGCCGCAUCACCUGCUGCGAGGGUGGAGGAGGGGGCCUCUGCGGCACUUGAGGGGCCGGUGUGGCGGUGUUGGGACGAGGGCCGGUGGUGGUGGAGUCCAUCGGGAGAGCACCGGAUUGGGGGUGGCUGCGACGGUCGUCGAGUGGAAGGCGACGGCGGCUGAUGGGGACCUCAAGGCAGUGGCCGGAGAGGAGGAGCUCGAUGCAGCCGCCGGGGAGCGAGGCGGCGGAGGGGACGGGAAAUCGCGCCAGACGGUCCGGCGCGUGGGGAAGGAAGUGGGAAGAACCAUCAAGGAUGCGAUGGGACUGUACAACGUGAGGUUUCCAUCGCGAGUGGACGGGGGAGGUUACGCGCGGUAUCGCAAGGGGAGGCCUGACCCAGAUCCGGCCAUCGCCGGCGAGCCAGAGGUGGCUGCCGGAGCUGGGGAGGUCGUCGAGGCAUGUGGCAGCGGCGGAAGUUGA